AUGAACGAUCCAGCAUCUAACUUUCGCCCAUCGUUAAUUUAUACAUCAUCAUCUUUAUCCGAUAAAGACUACUCUCAGCCAAGACCAGUGAUAAGCAUAGUACCAACACUAUUUACAACUCCAAAACUUGUUAGAUUUCGAGUAUGUAGAAGCUAUCGAAAUUAUUACGAUCUUAUACAUAUAUAUAUACGAGAAGACAAAACAUUAAUAGAAUUGAAAGAGGAAAUCUCUAGAAAACUUAAAUCAUUGAUGGAGUACACAGAUUUCUCACUAACAAAAUCUCAAGAUAAUGGUUACUCUUGGGCGCGUAUCGAUGACUCAGAUGGCCAUAAAACAAUUGCUGAUCUAAAACUUUGCUCGGACACUAUUUUAAACGUGGAGACACCGAAAGAAACAAAUAACAAAAUACAAAACAACGUAUCAAAUAUUAGAGGCGCGAUUUUAACUUUGAAACUUUGCAAACAACCAAUGAACGAAGUAGAUUGCGAAUAUAUUGAUAUACGUUCAUCGAUUACUAUUGGCCAACUAAAAGAAGAAGCACGAAAACGAGUCAUAAAUCAAAAAACGAAACACUUAUACUUGUGGACAUCGAAUGGAUGGAUGAAAUACAAAAGUGAUUUGGACCAUUUGACUGUAGCUGAAUUAGGCUUUCGUGCAUAUUCAAUGAUAAGUUUUGAAAAAGACGACGACCCUAUUCCUGGUCUAUGUGGCCUAACAAAUUUAGGUAAUACAUGUUUCAUGAAUAGUGCUCUUCAAUGUUUGAGUAAUAUUCCUGAAUUCACCCGAAAAAUUCAAUCGUUGGGAAAUGAAAUAAACGCACCAAUUAUUGGUGCUUAUGCAGCAUUGAUUAGAUUGAUGUGGUCAGGUGAACAUACGAUCACUGCACCUUCGUCUUUAUUACUGAAUAUAUCUGAGAGUUUACCGCGUUUUCGGCAAUAUCGACAGCAAGAUGCACAAGAAUUUAUGAACCAAAUUCUACAUCUAAUCCAUCAAGAGUUAACAAAUGAAAGAACAUUAAUAACUGAUCAGUUCUACGGUCGAAUGCAAUCAAGUGUUAAAUGUUUAGGAGGAUGCAAUUCCAUUGAAACUCGCGAGGAAGUAAUUAGCUUUCUCCCAUUACCUGUCGACAAUGAAAUCAAUCAAUACGAGAUUCUCUAUCUUGAGAGUAAUGGGGAUCAAAGUUUAGUUUCUGUCUGCAGUUGUGCAAGAACGAUAGGCACACUCAUCCACUCGUUCAUCGAACAAUAUAGACCACAAUUGUCAUCAACAAGGAUCCGACCCGUUAGAAUAGCAGAGAACGAAAUUAAGGAUGAAUAUUCAGACUACACACGGCUAAAUGAUACAACAAGGCAUGAACUCGCUUUCAUCGAACUUCCGGAGAAGACUUUUGAUAAAAGUUAUGUCAAAGUAGUGUUUCUCAAUCGCCAAACAUACGAACCAUUUCGAGCACCUAUCUAUACCAUUCGUCCAACCUAUGAUUAUUAUGAAUCAGAUCUAUCCGAUCAGAUGAAUUGUAUUCAGAAUCAUAUCCAGUCAAAAACUGGUGCGCCAAGUUCUGCAUGUCAUCUCUAUUCGAUCAAUCAUAUGGAUCAAGCUAAAUAUUUGAACGUCAACGCAACUCAAGAGAACAAUCAAUUAUUAUUCAUGAAACACAUUAAAUUUGAAUUGGAUUCGAAAUGGAUUGAGAAGUAUACAAGCAGGUACAAGAUAGAUAGAUCAUCUAGUAAGCCAUCAUUGACAAGUCUAUUAGCAGAUUUUUUUCACGAAGAGCCAUUGAACGGUGAUUACUACUGUUCUCAAUGUUGUGAUCUGAAGCCAGCAAAAGAAAAAGCCGAUUUAGUACUGCCAUUACCCCGUGUGCUAAUUAUUCAGUUAAAGCGGUUCACCUAUGAUCCUUAUUCAAACACAAAAAUUGAUAUAUACAUUGACUUUCCGCUCAGAGAUCUUGAUCUUAGUCAUUAUAUCAUUGAGAAAAAUGGUCAGAAGAUGAAUUCACCAAUAUACUAUGAUCUUGUCGCUGUAUCUAAUCAUACAGGCAGUCUUAUUAGUGGACAUUAUACUACAUACGCCAGAAAUGUUGAAAAUCGAAGAUGGUAUUCGUUCAAUGAUGAAAGCGUUCGAGAAAUUGUCGAUGAAAAUGAUAUUGUAACAAAAAAUGCUUACAUUCUUGUAUAUGUUCAGCAAGCUGCUUUGUGA